GGUGAUGUCCACCAGACUCUGAAAUGCCUGAUUUAGCCAAGUAGGCCACCGUGAUGAGAAAGGUCAUACAGAAAAGGGUUCUGAACCACAAAGGGGGCCAUAUCUAGCCAUAUGCCACACCAGCAUCUUCCCUACAGCAUCUUCUUACUCUUAAAUUGAGUAUCGAGAGACAGGAUACGCCUUGGCGCCCAUACACCCAUGAGAGGAGAAAGCAGCCGCGCCAUCGCAACACUUUCGUCUAUAACUUCCACUUUUACCACCACCACCACCACCACUACAACCAUGAAGGUCAUCUCCUCGUCCGUGAUCCUUUCGCUCCUGGUGAGCAUGACCCUGCUCCAGUCGACUCUUGCCGCCCCCACGAUCCAGGUCACUGCUUCUGCACUUGAGAAACGCGGUAGUCCUGUUUCCGUCGACCCUAUUACUACUCUCCUCAGCCCUAUUUCUGGAAACCGUGAAGACCCUGGAAACCGUGAAGACCCCGAAGAUCCUGAAGACCCUGAAGAUCCUGAAGAUCCUGAAGACCCCGAAGACCCCGAAGACCCUGAAGACCCUGAAGACCCCAUAGGCCUUGGAAACCUGUUAUCGCCAGUGGUUGGUUAACAUUCAAUAGAUGAGCAUUGUCUGCUGUGCGUUACAGGGCACGAUAUGCAUCGCGUCAAAAGAAUAAAAACAAAAAAGAGCAGUCGCGUGGAACACGAUUGGUUCUUCUCGCUCCCACCACUCCUAU